AUGGCGCCCGUCGCCGUUGAACCCAAGCGCGAGGCCUCCCCCGGCUCGCCCUCACCCAAAGCCCUCAAAGCCAGCUCCUCAUCCCCAGUCCCACCCACCGACGCCAUUCCCUCGACAUCCAAACGAACCAUCGAAGAGGAAGAAGACCUCGAAGCGCAUCUCCUCUUUCCGGACACACCGCACCCGCCUCCCCACAAAAAGCGAGUAUGGGUUCCCACACUCCACCUCACGCAGCCGCCACAACCACCACAGCCGGACCCACGCACGGUCGCCGAAAUGGCAGCGCAAUCUGCAGCCACUGCGCUGGGCUACGAAGGUCGACGCAUCAAAAAGUUCAUGCAGCGACGAACGGUCGACUACUUUGGCGCCUUCUCCCACCUUCGCACUCGUCAGACGCUCUCCACCACCGUCCGACCCGACGGUCUCCUCGGCGGUCUUUACCCAAGCCCACACUCCAUCCCAUCCUUCCUCCUAACCUCCGGCUAUCCGGACCUGACCACCAGUCUACCCACCCAUCUCGUGCAUACGAGCACGAACAAGAUCCGCUGUCCCGUCAACGUCGUCCGCUGGAUGCCGGACGGGCGUCGUCUCCUCACCGGUUCCACCUCGGGCGAAUUCACCCUGUGGAACGGCCUCACGUUCAACUUUGAAACCAUCAUGCAGGCGCACGAUUCGGCCGUGCGCGCAAUGGCGUGGUCCAAAUCCGGCGCCUUCCUCAUCAGCGCUGAUCAGAACGGAAGCAUCAAGUACCAUCAGGGGAACCUGAACACGCUCCAGGCGUUCCAGGGGCAUGGGGACAGCGCGAGAGGUUUGGCGUGGGGUCCUGACGAUGGGAAGUUCGUAAGUUGUGGGGAUGAUAGCUUGAUCAAGGUGUGGGAUUUUGACAGUGCCAAGCAGAUUCGCGAACUGAGUGGGCACGGAUGGGAUGUCAAGUGUGUCGAUUGGCAUGCUACCAAAGGUCUACUGGUCAGUGGGAGCAAGGAUAAUUUGGUCAAGGUAUGGGAUCCACGUGCUACACCGAGUGGGACGUGCCUGGCAACGUUUCAUAAUCAUAAGAACACGGUGCAGUCGGUGCUAUUCAGUCCGGAUGGGUUGCGAUUCGCCAGCGCGAGCAGGGAUAUGACGGUCAAGAUCUACGACUUGCGCAUGAUGGCGGAGCAAUUGACCCUCAAGGGGCAUGUCAAGGAGGUGUGCAGUCUGGCGUUUCACCCGCUGCAUCACGAUCUGCUCGCAUCGGGGGGGAGCGAAGGCAGCCUGCUCUAUUGGGAUUUGCGCGGGGCGUCGGCGGAAUCGCUCUCGGCGACCAACUGGGGCGAAUCCCGGAUGACCGGCGGCGGAGGGGAAGGAAUGGACGUCGGAGAGGGGAGACGCAGCGAUGAAUGGCUGACGUGGAAAAACGAGACGGCGCACGAGAGCAAUGUUUGGAGUCUGGCUUGGCAUCCCAUGGGACACGUGCUUGCUAGUGGGAGCAACGACCAUAUGACGCGGUUCUGGGAGAGGGCGAGACCGGAGGAGAGCGUUCAGGUCCAAGGGGGUGGCGUGGAGGUCGGAGGGUCGUUCUUGCAUGUUGGAGGGGGAGAUGAUAGUUUUAUUCCUGGUCUGGGCGCCGGGAGGAGCUUCAUACCGACCAACGAGGUGAAGAUGGAGAUGACCGAGAGUGCGGGUGGGAUAGGCGGCGACGAUUUUGCCAUUCCAGGACUCGGGUUUGCGAGUAAUGGGAUGGCGCCUCCCCCUCCUCCUCCUCAACAGCAGUACGGCAUGGGAGGAGCGGGUGGAUUCACGCCGGGCACAGGCGCCAAUGCUCCGCUUCCAGGUGCCGCUGGUGGGUUCGGAUGGACUGCUCGUGGCCAACAGGCGCAGCAGGGACAGCAAGGACAGCAAGGAAGACCGGGUGGCACGUACGGCUCGUUCUACUGA